AGGUUUCACGCCAAUGGAUGGUGAGCAGCUUGACGCCUCCACUCAGCCAGAGCUGAUGGAAGGAGAGGAAGGUCUUCUCAGUAACCUGGACAUCUUCCUCUUCUCGCUCAUCGCCGGCGUGAUCAUAUACUGGCUGAUGUUCCGCAAGAAGCCUGUCACCAUUCCAGACUUUCCGAAGCUGGAAACCCAGGCACCGACAGCAAGGGAAACCAGUUUUAUUGAGAAGAUGAAGAAGACGGGCAAGAACAUCGUGGUGUUCUACGGGUCCCAGACGGGCACCGCCGAGGAGUUUGCCAAUCGGCUAUCUAAGGACGCCCAGCGCUACGGCAUGAAGGGAAUGGCAGCAGACCCUGAGGAGUACGACAUGAGUGAACUGACACGUUUGAAAGAAAUCAGCAACUCCUUGGCCAUCUUCUGCAUGGCCACAUACGGAGAAGGAGAUCCUACAGAUAACGCCCAGGACUUCUACGACUGGCUACAGGAGAGUGACGCAGACCUGAACGGCCUUCAUUACACGGUGUUUGCGCUUGGCAACAAGACGUAUGAGCAUUACAACGCUAUGGGCAAAUAUGUGGACAAGAGGCUCUCAGAGCUUGGGGGCAGUAGGAUCUUCGACCUGGGCAUGGGAGACGACGAUGGCAACCUUGAGGAGGACUUUGUGUCGUGGCGAGAGCAGUUCUGGCCUGCUGUGUGUGAACACUUCGGAGUAGAGGCCACUGGAGAGGAGUUCAGCAUCCGUCAGUAUGAGCUGAAGGUCCACGAAGACUUGAACAUGAACAAGGUCUACACAGGAGAGCUGGGACGCCUGAAGAGCUUUGAGAACCAGAAACCGCCCUUUGAUGCCAAGAAUCCGUUCCUGGCCCCCGUCACAGUGAACCGCAAGCUAAACAAGGGAGGUGACCGCCACCUGAUGCACCUGGAGCUGGACAUCACAGGCUCCAAGAUUAGGUACGAGUCAGGCGACCACGUGGCGGUCUAUCCCACCAAUGACGCGGCUAUCGUAAGCAGGCUGGGAGAUGUCCUUGGCGUGGACCUUGAUACCGUUAUCUCCCUGAACAACCUCGACGAGGAGUCCAAUAAGAAGCACCCGUUCCCCUGCCCCACCACCUACCAUACAGCCCUCACUCACUAUCUGGACGUGACGAACCCCCCCCGGACUAACGUGCUCUAUGAGCUAGCCCAGUAUGCCACAGACCCCAAGGACCAGGAGAACAUGCGCAAGAUGGCUUCCUCUUCGCCCGAGGGCAAGGCACAGUACCAGAGCUGGGUGUUGGACUCAUGCCGGAACAUUCUGGCGAUUCUGGAGGAUAUGCCGUCACUUCGGCCACCCAUUGACCAUCUCUGCGAGCUGCUUCCCCGUCUGCAGGCGCGAUACUACUCCAUCGCUUCCUCUUCCAAGGUGAACUUGGUGCACCCCAACAGCAUCCACAUCUGUGCUGUGGUAGUGGAGGUAAGACAAAAGACGGGCCGCGUCAACAAGGGCGUCGCCACAAACUGGCUGAAGGGCAGAGUUCCCAAUGACAACGGGCACAAGGCCACCGUGCCGAUGUACAUCCGCAAGUCCCAGUUCCGGUUGCCCUUCAAGGCAGCACCGAUAAUCAUGAUCGGCCCUGGCACAGGAAUCGCCCCCUAUGGCUUCAUCCAGGAGCGCGCCUGGCUCCGAGAGAAAGGUAAGGAGGUGGGAGAGACAGUGCUGUACUUUGGCUGCCGUCACAGGAGUGAGGACUUCUUGUACCAGGAGCAGCUGGAGGCGUAUGAGGAGACUGGAGUGUUGACACAGCUCAGCGUGGCCUUCUCCAGAGACCAGGAGCUCAAGGUGUACGUGCAGCCUGUGAAGAACAACAAGCAGGCUAUUUGGCGGCAGAUCCACACAGACAACGCCACAUAUAAUACUACAUCUGCGGGGUAUGCGCGGAACAUGGCGAGGGACGUGCAGACUACCUUCUACGAGAUCGCGGAGGAGCUGGGUGGUAUGACGCGGGCCCAGGCCACAGACUACAUCAAAAAGCUGAUGACCAAGGGCCGCUACUCGCAGGACGUGUGGAGUUAAAUCAACCCUGUGUCUUGGUGUUUCAGUAGGCCGCUUAAAUGACACGUGUUUGUCGUGUUUGGAAUGUUGUUCAGGAAAACUACAGGACAGGCAAACGUUUAACUCCUAGGAUGAAACGGCUCUGUUUCGUUUCGAGCUGGUUCUGGUAGCUCCCUCUUCAGACCUUCUCUGUGUACAUAGAUACAGUGUGUCUCAGUCUAAUUCACGAAUAUAUCACUCAACUGUCAUACAGUAUGUUAGUCUCUGAGAAGCCUUACAGAACGCAGCUCCUAUAAGGCACUGAGUACUUUUUUUGUGGCAAAUGUAUGGAAAUUUAAAUAUUCUUGUGACACCAUGAACUGUGUCUUGGUUGUAGGGUAGUGUUAGCAGAAGGCUAUUGAACGUAGCCUUUUACAUUUAUGCAUAGAAAUUUUAUAUUUGGAAUCAAGUACAUGCUAAUUUGCAGUAGCCAGUGGUUUAAUUGGCAUAUUCAUGUAUACAAGUACAUGCUAAUUUGCAGUAGCCAGUGGUUUAAUUGGCAUAUUCAUGUAUACAAGUACAUGCUAAUUUGCAGUAGCCAGUGGUUUAAUUGGCAUAUUCAUGUAUACAAGUACAUGCUAAUUUGCAGUAGCCUGUGGUUUAAUUGGCCCAUUCGUGCAGUCUGAAAUGUACUGGAUUGGAUACCCCAUUCGCAGGCUGUGAAGAUGACGGCUCUUUACAGCUCUGAGAAGACACAGAUACCAUAGGCCUAUAUAGUUAGUUAUGCAUCUGAUGUCAUUUGUAUUGUAGCUAAUUUGCAAAGAAAGCUUCAUGUAUUUAACUGUAAAAAUCAAAGCAGAAUGUCAGAUGUUUUUUUUCUAUUUUGUUUUUAUGCUCCAUUUUCAUUGCAAAAAUGUUUAAAAGCUAAGUGUACACACACACACACACACACACACACACACACACACACACAAACACAAAUACAUAUCCCUAGACCUAAAGAAAGGUACACUGGUAGAGACUUUAAGCAUACCCAUACAUGACUGAGAUUUCUGAGUGAGGGUUAUUGGUGAGUUCAUUUUACAUUUUUAGCUGUAAUGUCCAUUGACAUGGAUGUUCAAGCCUUUUUCCUUCUGUAUUUUUCUAUUCUUUCUCUUUCAUUUCAACAUUGUAGCAUUACAUACUGAAAAUGUGCAUUAUAUUUUAACAUAUUGUUUUCACUUAAAACUAAAACAUAGCCAGUAAAUUUUUAACCUAUUUUGCCUCAAGAAAUGUUGCAGACCUUGCUCAAUAUGGAAAUGAAAUAAUUUUGUACUUGUCCAUGUCAAAAUACAACCACCUGCAAAAUUUAAAGGAUGUUGGCCUUUACAAUUUGUGCCUUGUUGAAAGAGUAGUUUGGAUUAUUAUUAUUAAUGAAAGGCAUAUCAAUAUUGCUAAUAUUAAAUGCUUUAUUUUUGAAGAUAUUAUGCAAAUUGGUACUGUUGCUGUUAUUUUGUCAGCGUCAGUUUUAUAUGCGAUCAAUGGUUCACUGCUCUCUAGGCGUGACUUUAAUAAAAUUGAGCUUUAAUUUCAGUGUC